AUGCAGAGCACGGUACGAUGUGAAGAGCACCAGUUUUCAACGCCAUGCACAGAGAAAGGAGAGAAAUCCGAAAUCAGGCUCAGCUUUACAGUCGCAAGAGUAAAACUGGGAUGCACGGUAUCGUGUGGCUCCACGACAACAGAGUUCGAAGUUGCAGGAAUCCUAAAUUGGGUCAGAACCAUUCGAGAGUCAAUGCGACGCAUCGCAAAAGGAGAGACUACAGUGGAAGAAGAAAUAGUGCUUCCUGACUUUGGACACAUACUAGAUACUAUCAUAUCCAGUUACAGAACCGUCAUGCUCACCGUCGCAGGGUUUGUGAUGGCCCUUGUGCUAGGAUACAUCUUCCUAUGGGCGUGUGGAUUACGAAUAAUGAUAUCGCCUUUACGUUUCGCGUUCGAAUUACUACUCGGUACCGCCAUCGUACCGUUCCAAAUCGCCAACAGAAUCUUCAGAGAAGCGCUACGCCGGCGACAAAAAUCUUGUCAUAAUUGGAACGCUCAUAUCAAACAACUCAAAUUCCGACCAUACUAUUCCUGA